AUGCACCGAGAGUACUUGCUCAUAAUGAUCAACGACUGCGCCGACGAUUAUCCCUCGAACACCCCUGGAGAGGUUUUGUCUGCCACCAUGACUUGCCCUACGUCUUCCAACGUGUCUUCGCGUCGCAGCUCCAUUUCGACAAACAGCGUGCUAGCAUCAGACAUUUCUUCUGUCGUUGCUCCUCAGUCGCAACGACCAAAGCUGCAGCAUUCCAACGACCCUCUCUCGCGCGCCUACCCGAAGCCAGAGAGGGAACUCGAUGUGGCCGAGGCCUUGACGCGCACGCCCCCAAAAUGGAGCCUAGGCUACUGGACGAAGAAUGCUCGCGAUAUGCCGGCACCUCCUACAUCUGUCUCGCGAAGAGGCCUGGAAAAGGCGAAGCAGGAGCUUCGCAAAGCACAGCUUGAUAUGUCGCAACAGAGAUCUGCGCGAUGA